UACUAUCCAAUCUAUUUGGAAUAUAAAGAUGCUGCUGCCCGUAGACCUUCACCUAUUGAAUAGUUACUUUCUUGUCUCGGUAGUGUUUGAGUAAAGGUGAAUGACGUCGAUGGUGGUAGUACCUCAUCCUCUAGAUCUUCAUCAUCGAGUUGAGCGGGUUCAACGAGAGCUUUCUGACCAUCUGCGAUCAUGGCUGAGAGACGUGCUGACAUGCUAUCCAGUCUGUUAUUUGAGUCAUCCGCUUUGUCUUUGUCUUCGUCUUUGUCUUUUGGCUGUUUUCGCGGCUUGCUUUUUGGCGAUUGCACGCUCCUAAACCUGCUAUUGACCCUGUAAAUCUUUUUCUUUGGCGUCCGCGUCGGUGUACUCGUGGGGGAGAAAACUGGUUUGUCAAUGUCGACAUAGUCGUCCUCCUUCUCAGCUUCACGGUAGUUAAAGGAACCUGGUAUACUCUGAUCAGGUGAGUAGGAGGUUGAUGGUAUAUCAUAGGGCUGCUUCUCCUGACUCCCGUCGCCUUUCCAGUAGCGAUAAGCAGCAGCACCAAUUCCACCAGCGACAAUAACAGUGUUGUAGACUGCUUCACCUACACGUUCACCAAUAGUGCGCGUUCUCUUAGUUGGUCUCUCUUCAUACGCGUUUUCUGAAGCUGUUUCACGCUGCCGCGUACCUAAAUUAGAAUGGCUAUCAAUCUGACUGACGCUAUUUGACAUUCUCCGCUGUGCUGCCAAUAACUCGAUCUUUGCGGGUGAAAUCGCACGGUUGCGCUGUGUAUUGGGCAAACCACGUAUAUUUCUAUGAGGAUAUUCUUCUGUAGUUGAUGGUGAACGCGGUAUAUUAAAAAUCAUCAUCGACGUUUGAUUUCAAACUCAGUCUCUUUCACAACGACCGCCACAAAAUGGCAGAACGUCAGGAGUUAACGAGUUACACAGCUCCAAAGGAAAUUUUGGAGGAAUUCAAUCAGCAAAUUGAGGAAGAAGAUCACAAUCCAUUUGCCGAUACUAUAAAGAAGAAGCAGAUCGCUGAGAGGCAAUCAGACUACCAUAAUAGACGUUUCAACCGUGGUGAAGGUGACCUCAGCAAUGAUAACUUCUCAGGAGAGGGCGUUGAAGGAUCCUCAUACGCCGACAGAAUGCGUCAGAAUGAGCUCGACAAGGAGGAAGCACGCGUGCGCAAGAUUAUCGAGGAGCGCAGAGAACAGCAGGAGGCAGAAAAUGAUGGCAAGCAAGUACAGCCACUCGAUGGCGAUAAAACUCCCCCACGAGAAGCCUUCAAAGUAGAGAAUGACGCCACACCACCGAAAGAAGCCAUACGUGAGAGGAAACGGCGCUGGGAUGUUGCACCAGAGCAGGUAGAUCAAGUAAAGCAGGAAGAACCCCCAAAAAAGCGCAGAUCGAGAUGGGAUGAAGCUCCAGCAGAAGCCACACCCUCUGAAACCAAACCUCGUCGUUCACGUUGGGAUCAAACACCCUCAACAAAUCCUGUACAUGACAAGACAGUCGCCGAUGUCGCUGCUAUGCUUCCACCUGCUCUCAUGGGUUUACCAGCCGUUCCUCUAGGUUUGGACCCCUUCUCAGCCCAAAACUCUAGCGCACGGAAUCGUUACAUCACCGACGAGGAGCUUGACAUUCUUCUCCCCUCUGAGGGAUAUGCUAUUGUCCCUAUUCCAGAAGGUUACCAGCCACUUCGCUCAUCAGCACACAAAAUGAUGUCAGCUAUCCCAAUGGACACUGGUUUUAAUAUCGCUGAAAAGGGUGUCUCCGCCGAGACUCUUGGAAUCUCAACCGGUGAUUUACCAACUGAAAUUGAAGGUAUUGGAAGUUUGGCAUAUUUGAAACCAGAAGAUGCCCAAUAUUUCGGUAAAGUAUUACAAGGUGAAGAUGUAGAACCUGGUUUAUCAAUGGAAGAAUUGAAAGAUCGUAAGAUCAUGCGUCUUUUACUUAAGAUCAAGAAUGGUACUCCACAAAUACGCAAAUCUGCUUUGAGACAGAUUACUGAGAAAGCUAGAGAAUUGGGCGCUGGUCCACUCUUUGAUAGAAUCCUUCCAUUGCUAAUGGAACGUACUUUAGAAGAUCAAGAGCGUCACUUGCUCGUCAAAGUCAUUGAUAGAGUUCUUUACAAACUGGAUGACUUAGUUAGACCAUAUGUUCACAAAAUUCUCGUAGUUAUCGAACCACUCCUGAUUGAUGAGGACUAUUUCGCAAGAGUUGAAGGGCGUGAAAUCAUCUCCAACCUCGCCAAAGCAGCUGGAUUGGCUCAUAUGAUUUCAACAAUGAGACCAGAUAUUGAUCACAUGGAUGAGUAUGUUCGUAACACCACAGCUAGAGCAUUCUCAGUAGUUGCAUCAGCUUUGGGUAUACCUGCAUUAUUGCCCUUCUUGAAGGCGGUUUGUCGUUCUAAGAAAUCCUGGCAAGCACGUCACACUGGUAUUAGGAUCGUUCAGCAAAUUGCCAUUAUGAUGGGUUGCGCUAUCCUUCCACAUUUGCGUCAUCUCGUCAGUGCAAUCGCACAUAGUUUGGAAGACGAACAGCAAAAGGUCCGUACAAUGGGUGCGUUGGCUAUUGCAGCCCUCGCAGAAGCUGCAACACCUUACGGUAUUGAGAGCUUUGAUGCUGUUCUUAAGCCACUUUGGCUUGGUAUUCGCAAACAUCGUGGUAAAGCCUUAGCUGCAUUCCUCAAGGCUAUUGGAUUUAUCAUUCCUCUCAUGGAUUCUGAAUAUGCAAGUUAUUAUACUAAGGAAGUUAUGGUCAUUCUUAUACGUGAAUUCCAAUCAUCCGAUGAGGAAAUGAAGAAAAUCGUUUUGAAGGUCGUUAAACAAUGUGCAGGUACCGAUGGUGUCGAGCCUGGUUACUUGAAAGAGGAGGUAUUGCCUGACUUUUUCAGAAAUUUCUGGGUUAGAAGAAUGGCACUCGAUCGUAGAAAUUAUCGUCAAGUCGUCGAAACGACAGUCGAACUAGCUAAUAAAUGUGGUGUUAUGGAAAUCGUUGGUAGAAUAGUCAAUAACUUGAAAGAUGAGAGCGAACCUAUGCGUAAAAUGGUUAUGGAAACUAUCACGAAGGUCGUCGAAAAUCUCGGUGCUGCUGAUAUAGAUGAGAGAUUAGAGAUUCAAUUGAUUGAUGGUAUGAUUUACUCCUUCCAAGAACAGACACUUGAAGAUGCAGUCAUGCUUGAUGGAUUUGGCACUAUUGUCAACGCUUUAGGAUCACGUAUCCAGCCAUACUUACUCCAAAUUGUCUCAACUAUUCUUUGGAGAUUAAACAACAAGGGUGCGAAAGUGCGUAUGCAAGCUGCUGAUUUAACAGCUCGUUUGGCUGUCGUCAUCAAAACCUGUAACGAAGAGCAAUACCUUCAUAAACUUGGUGUCGUCCUUUUCGAAGGUUUAGGUGAGGAGUAUCCAGAUACUCUUGGUAGUUUCAUUGCUGCUGAGGCUGCCAUUGCAAAUGUCGUUGGUAUGAAUGAAAUGCAACCACCGGUUAGAGAUUUACUUCCUCGUAUGACACCAAUUCUUCGUAAUAGACACGAGAAAGUACAGGAAGCGACAAUCAAUUUGAUAGGUCGUAUUGCUGAUAGAGGUUCAGAGUACGUACCUGCAAGAGAAUGGAUGCGUAUUUGUUUCGAACUGCUCGAUUUACUCAAAGCGAACAAGAAGGCGAUCAGAAGAGCAGCCGUCAACUCAUUCGGUUAUAUCGCCAAAGCGAUUGGUCCACAAGAUGUUCUCUCGGUCUUGUUGACUAACUUACGUGUCCAGGAGCGUCAAUCACGUGUUUGUAGUACAGUUGCUAUUGCGAUUGUCGCAGAGACUUGUGGUCCAUUCACCUGCAUUCCUGCUAUCCUCAACGAGUACAGAACUCCAGAUCUUAACGUCCGCAACGGUUGCUUGAAAGCAUUGGCAUGGGUCUGUGAGUACAUUGGUGAACUUGCGAAAGAUUAUGUCUACGCACUUGUUGGAUGUAUUGAAGACUCUAUCACCGAUCGUGACCACGUCCAUCGUCAGACUUCGGCUGCAAUCAUUAAGCAUCUCACACUCGGUGUCGCGGGAUUCGGCAAAGAAGAUGCACUCCUACACAUGCUCAAUCUCGUCUGGCCUAACAUCUACGAAGUUUCUCCUCAUGUUAUUGGUGCAGUCAUGGAAGCUAUCGAAUCGAUGAGAGUUGGUUUAGGACCAGGUUUAUUACUGAAUUACACCCUUCAAGGUUUGUUCCACCCUGCACGACGUGUACGUGAACCAUACUGGCGUAUUUACAAUACAGUAUACGUCGGUUCACAGGAUGCCUUAGUACCAUACUACCCAAACAUGGAAGAAGUUGGAAAUGAACGCAAUAAUUUUAAAAGAACACCAUUGUAUAUGCAUAUUUAAAAUGAAAUCUACAUAUAUUGUAUUAUUUUAGU